AUGUCGGACAAAGUGAAAGAAAUAAGCUCCUUAGCAAGAGAGUUGAAAACUCAUUUAAAACAAUUCCCCAAUUUUCCCAAGGAAGGGAUUCUUUUUGAAGAUUUUUUACCAAUAUUUGCAGAGCCUGAUUUGUUCAACAAAUUGAUUACUGCCUUCAAAUUGCACGUGGGCCACAAAAAAGUUGAUUAUGUUAUCGGGUUGGAAAGCAGAGGGUUUUUGUUUGGUCCAACUUUGGCCUUGGCUUUAAAUGCUGGAUUUGUACCGGUUAGGAAGCCAGGCAAAUUGCCAGGACCAACUUAUCAAGUUGAGUUUCAAAAGGAAUAUGGCUCAGAUGUGUUUGAGCUUCAACAAGAUGUCAUUCCAAAAGGCGCAAAGGUUUUGAUUGUUGAUGACAUCUUGGCAACAGGAGGGUCAGCUUAUGGUGCUGGUGAGUUAGCUCUCAAAGCUGGUGCUGAAAUCGUGGAAUUUUUGUUUGUUAUGGAAUUGGAUUUCUUGAAAGGCAGAGAUAGAUUACAUGCACCAGUGUUUACAUUAUUUGGGGGACAAGAAGAAAAAUUUAAAGAUUCAUAG